AUGGUGGCCGAGAUUGUGGUAACUGUCAUUGGCCGUGGUCCAACCUUGAGCCAGGAAUUGAAAGACGAAAUUUGUACGCUUCUAAACGCAUUAGAAGAUGUAAAAAUUGAAUCAGAAUCCGUUCUUUCUGUUCGAGCUCAGGAUUAUUUCUUGACCACCAGCAAAGACGCUAGUAGUAUUCGCAAGCUAGUGGAUUCAUUCAACGUUGAUGGCGCGGACAUUGUGGCUCAGGAAAACUCUAAAUUCCGCAAGGAAAAGGGACUGGUAGUGUUCGAUAUGGACUCCACGCUGAUCUACCAAGAAGUGAUCGAAUUAAUCGCGGCGUAUGCACAAGUCGAAGACCGGGUCGCCGAAAUUACUGAGCGUGCAAUGAACAACGAGCUUGAUUUUAAACAGUCGCUUACCGAGCGCGUAAAGUUGCUAAAGGGUAUCAAGACUGCUACGCUAUACGACGAAAUCAAGGCAAAGCUUCGUGUCACCAAGGGUGUACCUGAGCUGUGUCGCGGGCUAAAAAAGACCGGUUGUAAGCUUGCUGUGCUAAGUGGGGGAUUCACUCCAUUUGCAAACUACAUGAGAGACAAUCUGGAAUUGGAUUAUGCGCGGGCCAACGUGUUGGCUACAGAAACCGACUCUCAGUCUCAAGUCGAGGUAUUAAGUGGAUAUACUUUAGGUGACGUUGUGGAUGGUGAGUGUAAAGCCGAGACUCUGCUGAAUCUAGCUCGUGAAUAUGGCGUUUCUGUUGAGUCGACCGUGAUGGUUGGCGACGGGGGUAAUGACCUACCAGCCAUGGCAGUCGCUGGAUUCGGUAUCGCAUGGAACGCGAAACCUAAGGUGCAGCAGGCCGCGCCUUCGAAGCUGAACACAGAGUCGCUUCAGGACGCAUUCUACAUUUUUGGCUACACAGACGACGAAAUUGCUGAACUGUUGAAGUAA